AUGAGUAAACGAUCAUCAAAAACUAUUUCAUCGUCGGAAUCAAGCAACCGUGAUGAUGACUUUAACAAUUCCUCUCAACAGAUCAAAAAACACUUUAUUGUUUUUGUAUUGGGUGAUAUUGGACAUAGCCCGAGAAUGCAAUAUCAUUCAUUAUCCAUAGCAAAAUUGAACGAGUCGAAUCAUCAUGUAGAUUUUGUUGGAUUAUAUGACUCGGAUCCUCAUGAACAAGUUCUUAAUCAAAAAAAUUUGAAAAUCAAUCGAUUGGCUUCUCAAUGGUGGAAUUGGGUUAAUUAUGUAAUGAGAAUUCACUUUUUAUUUUUCUUGGUGUUUGCUCCUUUAAAAGUAAUUUUGCAAUUUCUUGUAAUGUCCAUUCAAUUAUCGUAUAUUUUCAACAGAAAUCCUUUUGGAGCACACUCUACUCCAAAGAAAAUAUUAUUGACUCAAAAUCCUCCUGCAAUUCCUACUUUAUUUCUGUUUUGGAUGUUACAGAAAAUUAAUCUCAUUAAGCUCGACGAAUAUAUUAUUGAUUGGCAUAAUUAUGGAUUUUCCAUUUUGGCUCUAUCAAGAAAAAACAAGUACUUGAUAAAAUUUGCACAGUACUUGGAGUUUAACUUUGUAAAAGGCUGUGCUACGCAUCACCUAUGUGUAUCAGAAAAGUUAAAGGAAGAUCUUGUUACAAGAUUGAAAAUAGACCCUACUACGGUGACAGUCAUGUAUGACCGACCACCUGAAAUGUUUGGAAAGAAUCUAUCAUCGAGUGAAAGAAAUGGCCUCUUAGAAAACGUGUUAAAAAUUGAUACUCACAGAAACUUUAAAUUAAUUGUCAGCAGCACAAGCUGGACUGAAGAUGAAGAUUUUUCAGUGUUAUUGUCAGCAAUUAUUGAUCUUGAAAACAAGCUUAAGAACAUGUCUUCACCACUUUAUUUAGAGUUUGUAAUUACAGGAAAAGGUCCUCAGAAAGAAUACUAUCUACAGAAAAUUGCCUCACUUAACCUUAACUAUUGCAAAAUCCAAACAGGAUAUCUUUCAUAUUCAGACUACACGAAAUUACUUGCCUCGAGUGACGUUGGGGUUUGUCUUCACUACUCUAGCUCUAAACUCGAUCUUCCAAUGAAAGUUGUGGAUAUGUUUGGCAGUAAUUUGCCCGUAUGUGCGAUUGCAUAUGAUGCAUUACCUGAACUUGUUAAACAUGGUCAAAAUGGUUAUAUUUUCAAAAACAAGAACGAAUUGACAGAAUAUUUAGAAGAGUUGUUGUUAUCACCAGAAGGUAGCACAACACUUAAAUCUAUGAGAGAACAUUUAAAACAGAAUUUCCAAACCCAUAGAUGGGAUGAUGAAUGGAACAACAAAGUACGACCAUUGUUAUAA